AAAAGAGACAAAUACAAGAACAGUGAAGAAAACGAGGAUAAGGACGAAAGCAACCAAAACCAAAACCAAAAAGAGGUAUCCGCCGCAAAAAGCACAAGAAUUUCCCAGAAGAAGGAAUCAUCGGAAUGGGGGAAAGCAGAGAGGGAGUUUCUGCGGUUUCGGGGCCGCCGCGUCCGACGAUUACAAUCCCGCCCCGAGCCCCCUUCGACACCCUUUUCGCACUCGGGUCCAUACCCGGUUUCAGCCCCGGACCCAUGACUCUCAUGUCCAGCUUCUUCUCCGACUCCGAUGCCUGCUCUUUCUCUCAGUUACUCGCCGGAGCCAUGGCUUCCCCACUCGCAAACCCAACUCUUCUGCCCGAUAACCCCCUCAAAGUCGGGGAUUCGGGUCCGGGUUCCGAGAAGCUUUCCGGGUAUAAGCAGAAACAGCCGAUGAGCUUGCUGGUGGCUCAGUCGCCGUUGUUCAUGGUCUCGCCGCGGUUCAGUCCUUCCGGGCUGCUCAAUUCGCCGGGGUUUCUUUCCCCACUUCAGAGCCCUUUUGGAAUGUCCCACCAGCAGGCCCUAGCUCAUGUUACGGCUCAGGCGGCGUUUAACCAUUCUUACAAACAAAUGCAAGCGGAAUAUCAGCAUUCUUCGUCUGUGGAAGGUGCGGGGCACCAAACUUCGUCUUCUAUGCCAAACCAGGGGGUGCAAGGUGAAGCGGCUAAUGUGGCGUUGGACCCAGAGAGCUUGAAGGUUGAGACGUCGGAGCUGUCUCAAGUAGACGGCAAAGUUAGUUCUGGUGCUAUUGAGAAGCCUGCUAGUGAUGGGUAUAAUUGGAGGAAAUACGGGCAGAAGCUGGUUAAGGGAAGUGAAUGUCCCCGAAGCUACUAUAGAUGUACUCACCUGAACUGUGCUGUGAGAAAGAAGGUUGAGCGAUCCCCAGAUGGGCACAUAAUUGAGAUCACGUAUAAGGGCAAGCAUAACCAUGAAAUUCCCAAGUCCAACAAGCGAAAGCUAGAUGACUGUGAUCGAGAGUCUAGGGAGGACAACUCCCGAGAAAAGCCUCAAAGUGGUUCUCGUAGCUGGACUGAAACGAACAGGUCAAAUAAGGUGGUAUGUUCUCAACCAGAGACUGUAUCCACCAAACUGCGGUCUGAACAACUUUCGGUCGCAUCUAAACGCAAUGAAAUGGAGGAAACCGCAACAGUAUUAGAUGAAAAGGAUGACGGGGAACCAAAUGCAGAGAGACGGAUUUCAGAGGCUGGCUCAUCUCACAAGACCGUCAUGGAACCCAAAAUCAUUGUGCAGACAAGAAGCGAAGUUGACCUUUUGGACGAUGGUUACAAGUGGCGGAAGUAUGGACAAAAAGUGGUGAAGGGGAAUGCUAAUCCAAGGAGUUACUAUCGGUGUACAUACAAAGGAUGCAAUGUCCGAAAACACGUCGAAAGGGCUUCAGCAGAUCCAAAAGCGGUUAUAACCACAUACGAAGGCAAACAUAAUCACGAUACCCCAAACGCACCAAACAACAAUCAUAGCGUAACUAAUAAGAGCAGCAUUCAAAAGUUGGUAGCCGCGUAGCUGGGAACAGAGAUCUGAAAGAGCAAAUUGCAGAAGAGAAUCCCAUACAGUAUCUCAGUAGAGGCAAAAGCACUUGCUUUAUUACAUCUCUUGUGAACUUCACUUUUUCUCUUCUUUUUGUACAGAAGAAUUCCUCUUUAGACAGAUCAGAUUUGUAAAAUGUUCCCUUUAACUUGUACACUUUUGCCUUUGUUCCUUUCUGCCAAUAUGAACAGUAAUCACUGAUCAUCUGUAAGCUUUAAACUAUUAGCAUAUGAAUGUAUAUUUGAAAAGCUUCUAUCUUGUA